AUGUGGGUGCUCGCAGAGCAGAGCGCGCAACAGCAAAAGCAAAAGCACAAGAUCGACGACGAGAAGUCCAGCGACGACGAGAAACAAAAGACCGAAAAGGAGCGGACGAGUUCUGCUAAACUCGAGGUGAAAGGGUCAAGAGAACGCAGAUCGACACUCGAAACGAAGCUCGAGUGCAAAUUGGGCCGUGACCAAGGGCAGACCAUCGCAAACGGUUCUCGAGCCAUGCAAGGCUGGCGCAUACACAGCUCCACUGUUGAUAUUGCAAAUGGGGUAAAGUCAGGGAUGUCAAUCAAGAUCGUGCCAGAGCCGCGGCCCGCUUAA